AUGGAAUUACUUCGUAAAGCAGUUGGCGAUAAUUGGUCGAAACCAGAUGGUUAUGAUACUAAAAAUAUGACAAGAGCGGUGAGUGAAGAAGAAUGGAAAAUUAUGGAUGAAAAAUUCAAUGAUAUGUCUGGUGGUUUCAUGUUGAUCGAAACAUCAAAAGAAGAUAUGGCUAAAGUUGAAGAUUUGUUACAAGUAAAGCGUGGCUUUUUCGGAACAUCUGCUAUGAUCAAAACAAUCGAAAGAUAUUGUCGUAAAUGUGGAAGAGAAAAUAACUUUUUAGAUGUUGUUACUACUGGUCUACGUGUACAUAAGCCAGAAUUUCUGGCUGAUGUUUUGUCUGGCAAACAUGGACCAAUACUCAAUACACAUCAAACACAACGUUGUUUUUGCUAUGAAUGUGGUGAAGAAUUACCCCAACAAGCGGCAAAAUAUUCAUCGCCAAAAGUUGUUCGAGAUGGUAUUUCAGUCAGUGGCUACACGUGGAAUUGGCCAUUCUAG